AUGGUGAGCCUGAUCAGGAACGAUCAAGCGGUGUUUGUUCAAAGGUUACUACUGGUGGAGAAAACGAUUAAUCAAUUACAGUUUCAGAUUGGACAACUCCCGGAGGCAAUUAAUCAAGCAAUCAAGUCGGCGAACCCGAUAUCUUCAAAUUUAGCAUGCUCUGUGGUUACAACGCGUCCGAAUGUCGCACCGGAAGGCAACGAAGAAUAA